AAAAAAAAACAACAAAAUUUCUUUGCCCAGUAAUAACAUUAAAAUCACGAUUAAAAUUCCGCUUCCCAAAAAUUUUCCAGAAUUACCACAAAUAGAAAACUGCAAAAUAAGAGAGAAUCUUGGCAGUCUUCCUCUCUUCCCUACCCUCCCCAUCUAAAAGCUUAAGAGAGUUUUCGUGGUUAGCGAGGAUCAGUUUCUUCAGGAGUUGAGUUCUUCCGAGCUGUUCUAACCUUCCCACAGUUGCUUACCUGUCCCUCGCAAAUCCCGUCUUGUUUUGAAGAUUUUGUGUGUCUGUGUGUGUGUGCGCGCGCCGUGAAGACUGUAUAAGAAGAGAAAGAGGUCCGGCCAUUAUCCAGGCCGGCGAAAACUAACAAACCAAACGGAACUGUGAGGAUAGCCAUAAGCAAAAAGAUUGAAUGUGGGAUCUCUGGAGAAGGCAUAAGAGGAAGGUCUAUGUUACACUUGGUGUUUUAGGAAGUGGAUAUUUUUUGUACAAGCUUUAUGAUGCUCACAAACGGAGGAUCUCUGAUCUGGAGACAGAAUUUGCUAGGCAAAGGGAAAAUGAGGAGCUCAUUAAGGCCCAAUUGCAAGCACACUUUGAUAACAUUCAGAAGAUAGCUGACUCUGCGACAUUGCCUCAUGUCAUGCAACAGUUAAGCAUCCGAGUGGCGGAUGAGUUGGACCUUGCCCCCUUGACUGAGAGGUUAAUGAAAGGAAAAGGUCAGCCGAACGCAUUAACAGCUGCAGAGAAACUUGACCUUUGGGAUCGACUCAAAAUAUUAAGUUUCACGAGAAUGGUGUUGUCUCUUUGGUCAAUGACCAUAUUGAACUUAUUUAUUAGAGUUCAAGUCAACAUAUUAGGGAGGCAUCUCUACAUAGACACAGCUCGUGGGCUUGGGAAUUCUGACCUAAUUGAGGAAGCUGAUCUCAUCGACAGGGAUGACGAGCAACAGUUUUUAGCUAUUGCUGAUUUUCUCUCCAAUUAUGAAGUGCCAGCAUUAGCUGCUAUUGUUGAGGCAGCAACUUCUGAAGUGCUAAAGGGGAAACAGUUGAAGGAUUUCUUCAGCAGUUCUGUACUCCAUGAUACUAUUGUGCAGAUAUUGGACACAUUCAUGAGUACAAGAAACCCUCAUCAGUGGCUGCGCUAUUUGAUUCCGGAUGAUCCUAGAAUGUACAAAUUUUUGAAAACCCCUGAGAUUGAUAGUGAAGAUCAUUCCCGUGUUAGCAAGUUUGAACAACUUACGGAUGAGACACGAGCAGUGUUAUCGAGUGCUGAGUUCGGGAAUAUACUUGACGUGUCAUUGAGAGUACUGGUGGAUGCUGUAGUUGAGGAAAUAGAUAUCCAAUCUGGAAUUCCCCUAGCAAAACUUAUACCUCGAAUUGCUCAGAUGGGGCAGAAUAUGCUGGAGGAACCCAGUAGGCAGAGGUACAUUCAAAUCGUCAGAAACAUACCAGAAGUUGAAUUAUUUUUCACUCUUUUGUACUCAAGCAUGCCGUUUAAUAGUGUAGCUGAUUGAUGCAAAUUCCUUGGUUAAAUUCUCCUGCCUCAGAGAAAACAUUAAUGUAAUUUUAUGUGAGUUGUAUGAGUUCUCUAGAAUAUUAGAUGUUGAGCUUAAGAACAAGGGAGUUAUAAUUGAUGCAAGUCCGGCCUUGUGUGUUUGUUACAUUUGAUUUUAUUGCUAUGGGAUCCUUACACUUCAUUAUGCAAGGCUGUGUAAGACUAUGAGUCAGCAGAAGAACAUGUUAAAGAGAAAACGUACCAUCGUGAAAGAAUAGCAAUCAUUUCUUAUUCAUGCUCUCCCCUUUAGGACAGUAGCAAUGACACUGAAACUGACCUUGUGGAGGCAAGAAAAGAUGAUGCUUUUCUCUAUAGAUAGUGGUUGUAUUAGAUGUUAUCUAGAGCUGGUUUCUUACAGCAAGACCCAAUGGAAGUUAGAAAGAGGAGAGGGCUAGUUCCAGGAAUGAAAUAAGGAAGGAAACCCUUCAGUCCAAUACAAGACAGGCACAAUCGAACUCGGCUCCUGCAUCAUUGGAUCAGAAACACAGCCUCUUGCUCUUCUUUGCAUGGCUUCAUUAAGUCCCUCAAAAUGACUAGUGUGAAAACUGAUGUGUUCAUGAACCAAUGAGUCAGCAGCAGAGAUCGAUCUCCAACUCCAUCUUGGUUGAACUGGAAUGGUUUCCUUCAAAGCACAUUCAUUCGGAACCGAAUAUAUUGUCAAUGAAGUCUUGAGGGACUUAUAAAUAUGUAAAAAGGUCUGAUAAUUAGCCCCUUGUUUCUCGCAUGGUUUGAAGGAAAAGUAUUCUUCCGUCAUUUGUCUUUUCAUUCAAGGAACCUUUGCUACACAUGUAUCCUUAAAUUAUUACAGGCUUUGGAGAUUCCUGGUCUGAUCUUUUAUCUUUAUGUGGACAAAAUCAUGUGAAUCUGACGACAGGAAAGACCAAAUCUGAAGACAAAAGUCUGGUCUGCCGGAAAAUCUAUUGAUUUAUGAGGGGAAAAUGUACGACACUGUACCUUAAAUCCAUUGAUGAACCUUAAACUACCUAUAUAGUAUUUUCCAUUCUCUAGAGGCAGAUUUAUAAAGGAGGAACUCCAUUUCCAUUGUCUAAUGGCAGAUUGAUAAAGGAGGAACUCCAUUUUGUUGAGAAUAUAGCUUUUUAUGAUUCUUUUUUUUGAAAAGGAAGGAGAAAAUUUUUUAAUACGCACAAAAAUUCUCCAGUCAUAUACUUUCUGUCUCAUAAUUAUUGUUCAGUUUAAAUUUUCAUUUCUAG